GUGAAUUCAGAGGUUUCAAUUCCAAGUUGUGAUUCUCUGUAGUAGAACACGAAUUUCAGAAUGGCCUGAGGAUUGGGGUUUAGAACUUUGGGUUAAAAAAAGUGUGUUUCAAGUUUCAGAACGAGCUCGGGACCUGAAAAUUUGAAUGGUGAUUUUGGUGGAGGCGAAUGGUUGAUCAAAAAUGCCAAGCAUUAGAGCUCCGGCUACUAAGAAAACCACCACACUUACGGUGGCUGUCAAAUGUAGGCCACUGACAGAGAGAGAACGAGGUCGUGAUAUUGUUCGAGUGAACAACAAUAAGGAGGUACUUGUUUUGGAUCCUGACCUGUCAAAGGACUACCUUGAUCGCAUACAAAAUCGAACCAAAGAGCGAAGAUAUUGUUUUGAUUUCGCAUUUGGUCCUGCCUCCAAGAAUUCUGAUGUCUAUGAGAGAAGUAUAUCUUCUACAAUUGCUGGGGUCAUUCAAGGUCUCAACGCAACUGUAUUUGCAUAUGGUUCUACUGGGAGAUUUGGAGGUGAAAUGCUUUUGGUUUGUGGUCGAUAUAUGUAA